UAUAACAAGUGCAUCCACCGUGAGAAUUUAUUUUGGCAACAACUCAGCUGUAACUUCUUUUCCUAGGAAUAUUUCAGCGUUUUUCCCACGUUUAAUUUUACAGUGCAUGCUAAGCGUCGUAUGAGUAAUUUCCUUUUCUCGUCUAUAAUAGCGACAAUUGAUGUCUUAACAUAGACUGACCUUGCCUGUUCUAGAUACCCACUGCUAGCUUAGUGCUAACCUGUCGUUAGUGCUAGCUUGUAAAGCUAACUGUAAGUUGACUUAAUGUUCGCUAGUCUUCUAGUUUUACACUUGUUGUUGUAUUUAUGAUGGAAGAUGAAGCCUUCGCCGACAUUAACGGCAAAGCCAUCUCUCUGGACUGCCAGAAUCACUCAGAUUUGUGCAGGGAGUUCACAGUCAGCUCUGCUAAAGUGUCCAUCGUGAAGGUGAUGGUGUAUACCUGCUCUGUUUGGCUCCUAGCAUACGCCGUGUUCUUCUUCACAGAGAACACAGCAGUGUUGUCCUGUGCUAUAUUUGUCACCCUGGUGGGCAUGAUGCUUCACAUCCACUUUGUGAAGGUGGACCAUGAGUCCUUGCUUAUCAUCGGCUCUUUGGGCAUUCAGGUGUCGUCCAGCUACGCUUCAGGCCGAGAGACUACAACAUUUAUUGAAAUGAGCAAGAUCAAGGACAUUGUCAUCAAUGAAGCUGUUCACAUGCAACAGAUCAUCUACUACCUGUGUGUGCUGCUGAAGGACCCCUCUGAGCCGAAUGCAGUGUCAAGUGUUGUGCCAUUGUUCCAGAGUUCAAAGCCGAGGCUGAACUGCCUGGUGAAGGUUUAUAAGAGCUGUCAGGAGAUUCUUUCAAAGUGCUGAUGAAAUGAAAUGCUGGUCAUCCAUUAGCCAUGCUUCUGGUUAGGCAACAUGUUUGUAAUAUUUCUCUGUUUUAGGUUAUCUCCUUUGAAUGAAUGAACACACGGGAGUUUAGUUUUAAAAUAGACACAUUUUGUUUUUCUUUAUGUUUUGUAUCAGGAUAUUUCUCCUUUUCCAAUUGUAUAAACAAAAACUAUUUCAUUACUCUGAUCUGUUGACCAACAUUAGUGUCUUAUUUACUUUGUAUUGACAUGUAGCUACUUGAAUUAAAUGAGCACUGGUGCUAGACUA